AUGUCGAGUACAGCUCAACUAGCACAAUGCGCUGCUCUCCGCAGCUUGUUACGAAAUAAACGACUGCCUACUUUCUUUCCUCGACGCUCUAUUCAUACUCACACGACCACUAGCCAUAUACAAUCUUUUGCCAUCCUACACAACACAGGCAGACGCACACUGCAGCCCUGUACGAUACAGACGAACCGUAAAUUCUCCCAGAGCCCCGCCUUGCUGAAGAAGAAGGCCUCGAAGGACAGUUCGAAGGAUAAUGACAAGGCUGCAAGUUCAGGUGGUGCGGUAGAGGACCCAUUCGACUUCGCUCCGCUGCAUGACAGCAUCAAGGAUGCCGUGACAAGGUUAAAGGAAGACCUUGCAAAGCUGCGAGGGGGUGGGAGAGUCACUCCUGAAGCCAUUGAGAACAUACGAGUGUCAUUGCACAAGGUGGGCGGUUCUGAUGGUGGAAAGGGGAAAAAGGCCGCCAGCUCGGGCAAGGAGACCGUGAGACUGGGUGAAGUCGCAUCUGUUAUUCCAAAGGGAGGCAGAACGGUCUCGAUAUUGGUCGGAGAGGAACACGAUGUUAAAGCAGUCAUGUCUGCGAUUACGGCCUCUGAUCUAUCGCUGAACCCCCAAGGAGAUCCUCACAAUCCACUUCAAUUGAACGUUGCAAUUCCGCCUCCAACUAAAGAAUCUCGAGAACAGACGGUGAAGGAUGCUAAAGCGGCUAUGGAAAAGGCGUCUAAUGCAACCAGACGACGUACGAAAGGCCAUUGA